AGACUUGAAGAAGUCCUAGAAUAUACCUAUAUAUAUAUAUAUAUAUAUUACACCUGCCUAGGAUAUCCCCCCCCCCCCAAAAAAAAAACAGUGCCUAGGUACCUUAUCAGCCACCAUGACGGACCCAUCAACCCCCCCAUCCGUCCUCAUCAUCGGCGCCGGCGAGCUCGGCACCGCCGUCCUCGAGGCGCUGGCCAAGCACCCCAAGCGCAACGGCGGCAGGAUCGCUGUUUUGCUACGCCCGCCUACCACCACCACCAUCACUGAUGACCCGGCGAACAAAAAAGCAAAGGUAGUAGAACACAUACACUCGCUAGACGCCACCCUCGAAACAGCCGACGUGGCAACGGCUUCCGUCGCGGACCUCGCCGCCGUGUUCGCUCGCUACGACGUCGUGGUCGCGUGCGCUGGGUUCGGGUUGCCUGCUGGCACGCAGGUGAAGGUUACGCGGGCGGCGCUGCUGGCUGCGUCGGCGGGGAAGAGGAUGCGGUACAUCCCGUGGCAAUGGGGCAUCGACUACGACGUCGUCGGCCAAGGCAGCGCGCAGGAUCUGUUCGACGAGCAGCUGCAGGUGCGACAACUCUUGCGGUCCCAGUCACAGCUAGGCUGGACGAUCGCAUCGACGGGCUUGUUCAUGAGCUUCCUCUUCUUGCCGGCCUUCGGGGUCGUGGAUAUAAAGGGGGAAACGGUUAGGGCGUUGGGGGGCUGGGAUAGGAAGAUUACGCUUACGGCUGCGCGGGAUAUCGGGAGGAUGGCGGCGGUGGUUGUUUAUGAGCCCCGCGGCGAGGAGGAGGAGGAGGGGGUGGUUUAUGUGGCGGGGGAUACGGUCACGUAUGCGCGGGUUGCGGAGUUGGUGGAGGGGAGGUUUGGGGGGGAGUGGAAGAGAGAGGUUUGGACUGAGGAAGGGUUAAAGGAGAGGCUAAAGGAGAAUCCGGAGGAUGGGAUGCUCAAGUAUGCGAGUGUGUGGGCGAAAGGGGAUGGUGUGGCGUGGGAGAUGGAGGAGACGCUGAAUAGGAGGCGCGGGGUCGAGAUGAUGGGGUUGGAGGGAUAUUUGAGGGAGAUGGCGAUGGGUGAUGUUGAAUAGAGAGUUCCGAGAGCCUCGAUAAAAGCUUCACAACUGUUAGACAUGGACUUACAUGAAGUUGAGAUUCAGGGGUUAUAUUCAUAGGAACUUCCAAUCUCGAAUACCUAUGAGCCAAGGUCAUGCGUACACGUAGUCUUUGAAAUCUGCACUUCCCCUAUCACUAUGGCCCUGCGGCACGGUGAUGCGGUAUCAUUUACUUUCGCGCACAGCGCCGCAAAGACACGU